AAUUUAAACAGGUGACUAUCAUUUGUGCAUGGAAAUAUCAUUUUGAAGUUUCUAAAAGUCUUACAAUGUCGAAUCUGAUAUUAAAAACGUAAAAACAAAAAUGAAUACUUUGAAAUUGGAGAAUAUUGAAAGUAAGAAGGUUGUGACAGUAUAUCGAUGUCAGACAGAUACGGAGAAACUAAAAGAGCUUUUGAUGAGUGUUAGUGUUGAUCCUAAUGAUAAUAAGAAAGCAGAAGAUCUUUUAAAACAAGCUUUCAAAUUGGUAAAUAAAAAAUACCUUAAAGAGAAAGUCAUCAUUGAGACAGUUGAACCUAACGUUUAUGUAGCCUUAAGAAACUGCAUCGAGCACCAAGUUGAUGAGUUCGACCCAAACAACAUACAACACUGUUUGAUGCUUAGAUCUGGGAUUGCGUAUCUCUGUGAACACAUUGAUAUUUUAGAAAAAAAACUCUCAACUUCACUUCCAUCUUUCGACAAUAUUUUGGAGUGUUGGAAAAGAGGCGAUUACGUAGAUUGUGAAUACGUGGAACCCGAUAUAAACUACCUUAAGCGACCUACUAAUUUGACUAAGAAGCAUUUUUGGUGGCUAGAACCAAAUAAAAAAAGUUAAUGUACCUUACUAUAAUUAUCAUAAUUUCUCAAGUCAUCCAUUCAUUAAAUAACUUAACCAAGAUAGCCUUUUCUCGGAUAACAUGAAUAAUAAUAUAUUUCUUUUGUCUUAAAAAGGCAACGCAUUUUAAGUUUAGCAUAAUUUUCGAAAAUAAGUUAUAAAAUAAAAAAAAAAAGAUGGAUAGUUUUUGGAAUAAUUGGACUAAUGCAAAAAGCACUCAAGAAUUAAUUUCUAAAAAUGUAAUCAAUCAACGUUGGCGCUUUGGGAAAAAUGAUAAUUUGGAAUCUGUUUUAAAAGACCAAUUGACAUUUAUUUUAUUUUCAAAUCGCAGAUGUAAAUACACUGAUAAUGAAGUUAAAUUGUUGGAACAAAUGGCGAAAACUUGUAGUUAUUUUAUUAAGAAUAAUUUGUGCGAUUCAGACACAUUUGUUUCAAUAAUUUACGUAUGUGUAAAAACAAAUUCUGAUCCACCAAACAAUACAUUGGUGCCAAUAUUAAGACUUAAUUAUCCAUACGGUGGUGUUGAAAAUAUUCAUUUUAUUGAUCACACUGGGAGAGUUUAUAACACAUGGGGCGAUUUCAGAAGUGAUAAUAUCUUCAGAGGUUAUACAAUUUGUUAUCCAGAAACAGGCGAAUAUACAGAUAACUUUGAAGUUUCAUUUGGAGACUGGGAAAACUGUACGAAAUAUAUUCAUUCUGAUGACUUACUCAAAGUUGAAUUUUCUAUGAGAAAUCAACCAACAGGUGUAGAACAAACAGGUGUAGAACAAACAGGUGUAGAACAAAUAGAAGUACUUGAAGUCAUAAAUAUGUCUCGUGGUUUCAUCACAAAUCUAGAUUCGGAACAUUCGAAUGUGUUUAAAAUGAAAUUUAUUAAAUUGAUGUAUAAAUACACAAUUGACUCAACGUUUGUUAAUACAAUUAUUAACUGUCUUAGAGAUCAGUGUAACGAGGAAAAAGCAGAAAUUUUUGACGUUUUGUUAAACGGAUUUAGAUGUGUUACUGGUCAGUUUCGAGAACAUUUAGGCAAUGUUUAUUUUAUUAUUAAUAUUGCAAGAAUUUGGCAACAAAGUAGCAGCUUUGAAAAAUUAAAACUUGUUAGAAAUAAGCAGCUCCUGCAUGUCAAAUGUACGUCACAAGGAACAAUUAUAAAACACACAAAGUCAGAAAACAGUGAUGUUGGAUUUACAUUUGAUGCAAAAGCGCUUGUUCAAAUAGACGAGGAAUUUAAGGAUCUUACCAAAGAUUACUUACUUCAUAAAUAUAGAUGGAUUACUGAUAAAACUAUUUUAAUAGAAAUGCAAGAGAUUUGCGAGUUAUUAAAAUGUCCAAGUAUAUUUUCAUUUACAUUAAAUGGAAAUCAAAUAUUCAACAACAUUAGGCCUCGAGAAAUACGAACUCUACACAGGGUUUUGCUUGCAGAUAUUAAAAAAAAAUUAAGAAAAGAUUAUCUCAAUAUUGGGAUGGAAGUGGUGAGAUUAAUGGAUUGUCAAGAUGUACAUGAAUUUUGUGCUCUUUACGAGUUAUUUGUCAUCUAUGUGCGGAAAACCUAUGAAAAUAAUGUACUUGAAUUUUUACUUGACAAAAAAAGAAAGCACGAUUUAAUUCUAGAAAUGAAGAAAGUAAUUGAAAAAUGUGCCCAUGAAAUGAAAGGCAAAUUUAAAUUUGGUAAACUUUCUGCAGCUACUCAUUUUUUCAAACACAGCAGUGACAUUGAUUGUUUCAAUACAGAACAGAAAUAUUUUUCAUUAGCUAAUGAGAUGACCUCAAAAGAAGAUGUGCCUUUUCAUUGGUCACAAGAUGGAUCGGCAAAGCGGUAUAAGUUUCACAAAAACUUAAAAGAUAAGGAAAAAAUAAAACUACUUGCAGUUAAAUGUAUACAAGAAAACGGAGCCGCAACCAUAAUUACCUUGCAUAAGAGGGAAAUUGACAACCCCAACGUAUCAGGAAGUACCUGAUCUGUGAUCGUAACUCGAAAGCUAGGUAUUGUAAAGCUUGUAGACGUCAUCACCUGCAAGGCAUACGUUUUCUUUAUAUGUCGUAUUUUGAUUUUGCUUUUUUUAAAUUAUCGUCAACAAAGGAAGCAAUACGCAGCUCUUUACAUAUAAAAUUUCAUCUGCAAAAUAAGUAAAAUAACAGUUUGUUUUUGGCCAAGUUCUUUGCCAUCAAAUAAAUUGUAUUAAAAUAAUAAAUUACGAACUAAACCCACCAAAUUUUAACCCAUAAGUUUUUGACUACAAAUUCUAGACCGAAAUAUAUGAGUGAAAUUUUUUCCCACAAUAAUUUUUUUUUACGAGCGAUUAUUAUUGGUGAGAAAAAAGUCUGUUUCUGAGAAAAGCUUUCAAAUUUAUAAUCGAAAUCUAUUCGUGUUAUGCUAUUUUUGUUUGAGAUUAUUUAGAAUUUAGUCGCUUCCUCUUAACGCUAGGCGAUCUCGACUAUUACACUAUAUUAAUAGGGCUUGUAAUAGUCUUUGAUAUAUAGGUAUAUAUAUAUAUAUAUAUAUAUAUAUAUAUAUAUAUAUAUAUAUAUAUAUAUAUAUACAUUUGCAUGGAAUACUUUAUUCAUUUAUUUAAUAAGUUUUGUUAGAUUUGACUAUAGAUUAUCAUUUUUAUGAGACAUGUUUUAUCCUUCAAAGUUUUUCGAAAUAUGAUUGUGUUACUUUCUCAAACUAAAUUGAAAGUCAUAAAAAACUUUGUAACCUAUAGUAUGUGUCUUUUAAGUUUUGAUUUUUUAAUAUUAAGUCGGAUAUAUUACGCGCUUAUUUAUGUGCAACAUUAUGUUACAGCAAGAAAGGUCCUAUAAGAACUUUAAAAACUUCUAAUAAAUAAAACAAUAGGCCACA